UAAUUUAUUUCUUGUUGUGUGAGUUCAAAGCAAACAAAUUAAACCAUAAAACCCUCUCUCUUUUAUUCCAAAUAGCAAAUCGCGAAAACAAAAACAAAAACAGAAAGCAGUCCUCUCUCUCUCUCUCUCUCUUUCUUUCUUUCUAAAUCUCUCCCUCUCUCUCUUUGCAAAUUUAAAAUCCAAUUUCCAUUUCCAUUCACAGAAAGAAGGAAAGAAGGAAGGAAACACAGUGAAAUCGGAAUCGUUUUCUGUCUGAAAUUCGCAGGCGCGCUCGUUUCUCUCUCGACCAGCUUCGAAUCUCUUGCCGGCAGCUGCAGAUCAAAUCGAGUUUCACCUGAAUGCUCCUUCUGGACUCGAUUUAGAUCGAGUUCUUCAUACCCUGGUAGUGUGGGAAAUUUAUAUGAAGAACGGGAUGAUAGAAUGCAGUGUUUGCCAUUCCAAAUUGGUUUCCCCUUCCGCCAAAACUAUCUCAAGGGCUUAUGAUCGCCACAAAAAUAGGAUAACAUCCAAGCAACGAGUACUCAAUGUCUUUUUGGUUGUUGGUGAUUGUGUUCUUGUAGGCUUCCAGCCUAUCCUUGUCUAUAUGUCCAAGGUGGAUGGGAAGUUCAAUUUUAGCCCUAUUAGUGUUAAUUUUUUGACCGAGGUUACAAAGGUUUUCUUUGCUAUUGUUAUGCUUAUUCUCCAGGCUAGGCAUCAAAAAGUUGGGGAGAAACCUCUUCUCUCAAUUUCUACAUUCGUGCAGGCAGCUCGUAGCAAUGCCCUUCUGGCAGUUCCUGCCCUUCUGUAUGCUAUAAACAACUAUCUGAAGUUUAUCAUGCAGCUUUAUUUUAACCCUGCUACUGUGAAGAUGUUAAGUAAUUUGAAGGUUUUAGUAAUAGCACUUUUGCUAAAGGUGAUUAUGAAGCGCCAGUUUUCCAUCAUUCAGUGGGAAGCUCUUGCUCUCUUGCUCAUUGGUAUAAGUGUUAAUCAGCUAAGAUCUUUACCGGAAGGAACUACAGCUAUGGGUCUUCCUGUCACAAUGGGUGCAUAUCUCUAUACAUUGAUUUUUGUCACUGUUCCAUCAUUGGCCUCUGUUUAUAAUGAGUACGCAUUGAAGAGCCAAUAUGAUACAAGCAUUUAUCUACAGAACCUAUUCUUAUAUGGAUAUGGAGCUAUAUUCAAUUUUCUUGGGAUACUUGGGACUGCUAUUUUCAAAGGGCCUAGCAGCUUUGAUAUACUACAAGGUCAUUCAAAAGCUACAAUGCUAUUGAUAGCAAACAACGCUGCUCAAGGGAUUUUAUCCUCUUUCUUCUUCAAAUAUGCAGAUACAAUUUUGAAGAAGUACUCAUCAACGGUAGCCACAAUCUUUACUGGUAUAGCAUCUGCUGUACUAUUUGGGCAUACUUUAACAAUGAACUUCGUUAUCGGCAUUUCUAUUGUAUUCAUCUCAAUGCACCAGUUCUUUUCACCACUUUCAAAAGCUAAAGAUGAACAGAAUGGUGUGCUGGAACUGCAUGAUGUUCAUGACAGACAAAGAUCAAAGGAUUCCUUUAUAAAUAUGGCAGCUGGAGCAAAUGAAGAGGCCUCUCACCGCGUGGGACAUGAUGAGAGACAGCCACUUCUUCCCUCCUAGAUUGAUCUACUGAGUUUUCAUAAAAAAAAAAUUGGUUAUAUUGCUGGUAUCAUUUGACCACGUCACACAUUUUAAAGUCAAAAUAAAGUUAAAAGAAAAUUAUUUCUGCCUUUCUGGGAUAGCUUUCCUCUGAUGGGAUUCUCUCUACUUGGUUCAUGAAGAAAGGCAUGAAAUCUUGACUUCAGGAACUGGUCAACAAGCCAUGACUUUCAGCUGCUGAAGAUUUUGAUAGAGCAUAGAGAAUGGCUACGCAAGAGCUUUAGGCAUAUCAAUGUGGAUUCACGUGUACUACAUUUUUUUUUUCUUGGACAUUAUAUUUCUCUUUCUCAAUUUGCUUUGAUGGUAUAUUUACCUUAUCCUGGCAUAGAAGAAUUAUAUUGUGUUAUUAUUUACAUUUAUUACAUGAUUUUGGCAUUUCA